CUUGAUUAGUUUGUUUCAGAGCCUUAUAUGUAUGCUAAUGUCAGAUUACUAUUGAGUUUUCAUUAAGAGAGCUUUAGGAAACCAUCUAAUUGUCAUCAUUUCUCUCUUUAGCCUGGUUAUGUAAAACCCCUCCCUACAGAAAUUGCCCUGGCAAUCAUGGCCAACAAUGGUCCCUACGUCCCCGAGAUAAUCAAACUCAUAGACUGGGAGGACAACGAUGACCACUACAUUAUAAUCAUGGAGCGACCAACACCUUGUAUGGACUUGCUUCGCUUCUUAAACCACAAGAACAAACCUCUUGAUGAGAAGAUGGGACGCCAUAUAAUGUGGCAGGCCAUUCAUGCUGCGAGCGUUUGCUUUGAUCGCGGUGUCUUCCAUCGGGACAUAAAACUUGAAAACCUCCUGGUGAAUCCAGACACUUUGGAGGUAAAGCUAAUAGACUUCGGCUGUGGUUCGACCGUAAAGAGAUCCGGCUACAAAAUCUUCUGUGGUAAGUGUUAUGAACUUUGUUGUCAUAAAAACCACACACUAAAGAUUCUGUUUAAAUAUAUAAACCAUUGGAUGAUAUCUUUUUUUUUUCUAGGCACAAGAGAAUAUUUCCCUCCGGAGUAUGAAAUGUAUGGCAGGUACCAUGCACAGCCGGCGACUGUUUGGUCUCUAGGGAUCGUCCUGUUUGCAAUGAUGUGUGGGGCUUUACCUAGUAUCUCCGACCACUCCUUGAUCAGGAACUAUCGUUGGACUAGCCCUGAUCUGUCAAAAGAAUGCUGCCGGAUGAUCUGCGGUUGUCUGCAGCCAGACCCAGAUGAGAGACUCGCACUGCAGCAGAUGCAUCUCCAUAACUGGUUUAAGGUCAUGGAGUAA